UAAUUCAAACGACGCUGUUCUCGUUUCAUAACCUAAAAGUAUCACCGUCAACUGUUUCAUUGCUAAUAUGAUCUAGCCGGAAGGACUAUUUAUUGCAGUAUUAAUAGUAAAUAAAACGAUACAGUAACGUCAUUAAAAAUCUACGAGAUUAGUCUAAAUCUUUGAAUACUGAUUGAUGUAUAAUUACAACAAUUAAUCUGUAUUUAAUAACAUCGUUACAGUGCAAAGUUUAUCUUUAUUUUUCGUGCAUAUUUCAAGUUUGUUCGUUAAAUGUUUCACAUUACAAUAAUCGGACGAAAAUGAACACUCCACAUUCGAAUAAAAAAAAACGCAACAGAAUUGGAGGACAUAAUGAUUCAACGGCGUCUGGGAAUGGCGAAGUUUUGAGCCCUCAAGAUCUUUCCCGCUUUGUUUUGGUAACACCUGCUGAAGAAGACGGCAACAAACAAUUGCGCUUGGGAAUCAAUGACAGUCUGUCCGUAAUGUCCUCAAGCGAAUAUGAGACUAAUAAUAAAAUUAAUAGCCACAAAGGGACCAAUGCAGCAGCGGAAAGAGAAAAAGAAGAUAAAGCCAUUCUCAGUACGCUUCCUAUCGCAACGGUCAAACAUUUGGAUGGUUACGAAAGUCAAAUAGGUGAAGCAGAAUCGCUUCCCAAUUCUUACGUUAGGUUUAUGGAGCGGAGUGGUGAAGAACUUGAUGGUGAAGUUGAGUAUGAUUUGGACGAGGAAGAUUCGGCCUGGUUGUCGAUCGUAAACGAGCGUAGAUUAGCGUCAGGAUUAACGCCACCAAUGGAGCCUGAUACGUUCGAGUUAUUGAUGGAUCGUUUGGAGAAGGAAUCAUAUUUUCAGCAGCAAAGCAACGGUGGCGGUGGAAUAGCUGCGGACGAGGACGCGGUUUGUUGUAUCUGUAUGGACGGAGAGUGUCAAAACAGUAAUGCAAUAUUAUUUUGCGACAUGUGUAAUUUGGCGGUGCAUCAAGAUUGUUACGGUGUACCAUAUAUACCGGAAGGACAGUGGCUUUGCCGUAGAUGCCUUCAGAGUCCAUCGAGAGCGGUGGAUUGCGUGUUAUGUCCGAAUCGGGGUGGUGCCUUCAAGCAAACGGAUCGGCCAGCUACAUGGGCACAUGUAGUUUGUGCCCUUUGGAUUCCGGAAGUUCGUUUUGCUAAUACCGUAUUUCUCGAGCCGAUUGACAGUAUCGAAAGUAUUCCAGCUGCACGCUGGCGUUUAACUUGCUGCGUUUGUAAGCAAAGAGGGGCUGGAGCUUGUAUACAAUGUCACAAGAGCAAUUGUUACGCCGCUUUUCACGUAACUUGUGCUCAGCAAGCAGGACUUUGUAUGCGAAUGAGAACCGUACAACCUGCCAACGGUGAACCAAUGCUCGUACAAAAAACAGCCUAUUGCGAAACUCACGCACCUCCCGAUUUUCAACCUUCCACUAAUCCGGCUGAAGCUCGUAGACGCGCAAUCGCCAACAAAAAAAGCUCCUCCGCUCCUGUUAUCUCCAUUCCCACGAUCCCACCCGAACGCAUUCGCGAAAUUGCCAACCUCGCCGAAGGCCUACCCAAACGCAGUCAACUCAUUCAGCGUCUCAUCGCCUACUGGACGUUGAAACGUCAAAAUCGUAACGGCGUGCCACUUUUGAGGAGACUACAGAGUUCUCAUCCACAUUCCCGACCACCCGCCAUCGGUGAUCACUCCUCACCGCCCCCCGAUGGCGAAUUACGAGGAGAACUCUAUCGUCAGCUCAAAUACUGGCAAUGCCUCAGACAGGAUCUCGAACGUGCGAGGUUGCUGUGCGAGCUCGUACGUAAACGAGAAAAACUCAAGAAAGAACUUUUCAAAGUGAAAGAAAAAUGUAUGUGGUUCGAACUGAGACCUCUUGAAAGUAUUCUGAGAACACUGCUCGAGGCUUUCAAAGCGAAAGACACAAAUGAUGUAUUUGGACAGCCUGUAAACACCGAAGAAGUUCCAGAUUAUCUUGAUAUCGUUACACAUCCAAUGGACCUGUCGACAAUGGAGGCUAAACUGGAGAGACAAGAAUACGAGAGUCUAAGCGCAUUCGAGGCGGACUUUAAUCUGAUGGUGAACAAUUGUUUGGCGUAUAAUAGAAAAGAUACAAUGUUUUAUCGGGCUGGAUUGAAAAUGCGCGAACAAGGAGGUUCGUUAUUCGAGCAAGCGCGAAAGGAUUAUCCGGAGCUGGAUCCACCGGUGGAAAUAGAAACUCCAGCGAUUACAAAAUCCCGAAAAAGGGAAAGAAAUAGUCGUAAUCGUACAGAAUCGGAAUCCCAAACGGGGGAACGCGAGAUUCCAUCGACAGGCGUUAACCGUAGAACAGCUGUUUUAUUUACGCGUAAAGCUCGUGCUCGAGCAAGCAGAAGUGGACAGAAUCAGAGUUUGGAAAAUGAUCAGAAAAAACAGGGUGACAGUUUUAGGAUCUAUAGGAGUGGUGGUAUGGACAGUGACAUUGGUGAGGCAGAAAGUCAGUCGUCGACUUGUAGCAGUUGUUCGACGAGUGUAUCGACGAGUCCUGAACCAGAAGAACCACCGGACGAUCCACUCGAUGAUGACGAUGAAAACGAGGAUGAGGACGAUGAAGAGGAAGACGAUGACGAGCCACCCUCACACGUGUUGAAAAAAUCAAAAGAUCUUGAAGAACCUAAAGUCGACGAAGGUGAAAUAGGUCUCGAGGCUCUCCAGCUAGUUUGGGCAAAAUGUCGAGGAUACCCUUGGUAUCCUGCACUAAUCAUAGAUCCAAACACCCCUCGAGGAACAGUCCACAAAGGUGUUCCAAUUCCAGCUCCACCUGAUGAUGUUCUCGCACUUGCUGUUAAUUACAAAGAGCCAGUUUUUCUUGUUCUUUUCUUCGAUACAAAACGAACCUGGCAAUGGUUGCCUGGUGAAAAAUUGGAGAAACUGGGAGUUUCACAAGCUCUGGACGAAUCAAAAUUGAUCGAAUCUCGAAAGCCAACAGAUCGAAAAGCUGUAAAGAAAGCUUACCAAGAGGCACUGCAUUAUCGAAAACAAACGCACAAUACGGCACUCGCUGCAUUGACAGCGAGUUGAAAACAAUAUGGAAAAAAGCUUGAUCAAACAAACUUUCACACCAGAAGGAAUCACAUAAAUUAUUUUUAUCGACAUCAUUUUUCACAUAUAAUGGGGGCGUUGGUGUUGAAUGAAGAAAUUUGAAAAAGAAGACAAAAACAAAAACGAAUCUACUUGUAAAAUAAUCCAUCCAGAGAAAUUGUACCUUUUUCGUAAUAAAUUAUUGAGAUUUCCGAGA